GAAACCCAUUAUUUGUAAGGCUUGUUUUUGUCAUUUGACCUGCUUUACUCUAUAGUGGUGUGUCUGCAGAGGUUUGAUGAUGAUCAGGUUAAUGAAAAGCAACAACGGAGAACAUUUGAAGGUCUUGGAGUAUCUUGAGUUUGCAUGCAUGUGCACUUCUGGUUCCACAACGUUUUUCACAGUGUUGACGUCUGUAGUUAUUGCAGCACUUUGAUUUUUUUCUCCUUUCUUGCUGUUUGACAGGAGAAGCCUCAAAAUAUUAUCCUUCUGUGUUUUAUUUAUCUAAUUUUGGAACCAAGUGAUUUAUUAUUCUGUGGAGAACAAAAAAACACAUGCUUGUAGUUUUUUUAAACAAAAUCACUGGUGGUUGUUGGCACCAGUUUGUUCAACACCCUUUUUCCAACAGUUUAGCAUAUUUAUUUUUGCAGCAUUGAAAAAGAGGGAUCUUUGACCAUUCCUCUGCACCAUCUUAUGUUCUCUUGGUCCACCCACAGUUCCUCUAUAGGAUUUAGGCCUGGGGACAGAGGUGGCCAUGGAGAAGGUUGACUUUUGUACCUGGUGAACGAUUUCUGUAUUCAUUUGAAUUAGAUUAAGCUUAUGUUGGGAUCAUAAGAAUACUGAAAGACCCAGUGAUGACCAGUUUUCAAUUUUCCCGAGAUGUGUCAAAUAUUUUAUUUAAAAUAUUGGGUUAUACCAAAGAUAUCAUGAUGCCAUGCCCUCUAACCACAAUACCAGACCCACAGCACCACGUAUUGGCUUGACAGUGGGCAGGAUGUGCUUUCCCACUGAUUCAUUGCAGGAAUACAAGGUACUGUUGGGGAACAGCACAAAACCCACUUCCUCUUCUUGUUUAACGGGGGUUGGCUAACAACGUUGAGGUGCAUUACCACCACCAACUGGUAAGGAGUGUAACAGCUUCAUCAGGGGUUUUAGAUUCGUACUUGUAAAUUUGUGUUUCGUACUUGUGUUGUUGCAAAGCUUUAACGUUGUAACUUGUAUUCGUAACCUCUAAACUUAUAUUGUCACAGAUGAAACAUCUGAUGUCACAUGUAUGUAUAAGUUGACAACAAGGCACAAAUACAAAUCUUAAAUUUAUUCAUUUUUACUUAGUUAAAAAUGUAGACACCUACGCAUACUUUUUUUUGACAUUUAUCUUAUUCCAUACAUUGAGGUUGUUUAACACCAGAUAAACCGUGUUUUCUUGGCAUCACUCCCAAACAACUUGUUAGCAUGCAGGUGGCUACUAAUGGUUAUUAUGGAAACUUUGCCAUCCCUUUUCUCGACUGGUCAGCUUUGGAGAUAUUUCACUUACCCCACCCUCCUCCUUACUGUGCCUGAAGUUUACUUUUGGGUCAUUGUCCAGCUGUUAUUUUUUACAGAUCCAGGUGUUCUAAAUGUUUUAAUUAGUGCUCUGAUUGUAUAUAUUGGACACGUUUAGGUGAGUUGCUAUGUUGUCGGUUCAAUGUGGAUUUUGUUUUGUGUUUCAGAGAAAUUUAGGAAUUUAGUUUAAAAAGGACUUUCUCCGCAGCUACAUGGGGUGCACUCAUCAGCCUGGUUGGCUCAGAAUAAGAAGGUUCUUGUGUUGAAUCCUGAUCUGGGCCUUUCGGUGUGGAGGCGCCUAUCUUGGCUCUUCCCAGGUUCUUGCCUAUGCCCACCAUCCAUUAUCAUGCAAGCUAAGUAAAUUAGCCACUCUAUGUACCCCUAUGUUGUGAGUGUGUGCAUGCAUGGUUAUUUGUUCUGUGCUUAUUUGUGUUCCUCUGUCUUGUACUGGGAAUGAGCCCAGGGUGUACCCAUUUCCUGUCCAGUGAUGCAAAAAUAGGCGCCAGCAUCCAAAACCCUGCAGGGACAGACUGUGUGUAAAAAAUGGAUGGAUGGACUUUUCCUCAACUUGACUUUUAGUCCACCGUAUAAAUUAUGUGGCAGUUUGAAUAAAAGUCUCUUAUAAGUGCAAAAAAUAUAACCUUCAUUCUUGAUUGCAAAAUAAAGGUGUGAUUUUUGAUAGUUGUUCAAAUGAAAAUUGAUGCCCGUACUGCGAAAUCUGCAUUUAUUUUUAUUUUGAUAUUAUUUGUCUUUGAAAUAUAGAAACCUUAUUAAUUUUAGUACAAAUAUUGAAACCCUUCACAUUUGAAGGUCUUGGUCUUAUCGACACACAUUUUUCUGCACUGCAUCAUGACCGUGUUUACGCACUGAACAACGACACACUGUGACUGAGGCCUCGUUUAUUACAGCCUUACUUUGCAUUAAUGCCAUAACCUAACAACAGAAAGUCACGCUGGGUGCUAGGAAUCCACUCCACAUGCCAACACACACAAUGCUUUUCCAGAGCUCAGGGUGUCUUUUGUAAAAAUGAAGACGUCAAUCUAAACGUGCUGCCCUUUAAAGCUUAUAAAUUAUUUACACCCUAUGGAACAGCAUAUAAUCAAAUUAAAAAUUAAAUCCACACCAUUGUGGUAGAUACAGCAUGUACAAUUAGCCCUACUGCUGUAGAAAAGAUGUGUUGUCCUCGGGGCAAAACACAAUUCAUAGGAUAGGACACAAAGCUGCUCACAUGAUUGUGCUGUGACUGUCUUCUGAGGUUAUGGGUGUGUAAAUGUUAUCAAUGAGAGCAAAAGCCUGUUUAGUGCCCGUAUUAUCCUCUAUGUGAGGCUGAUAAGAAGCACCAGUUGUCGGGAUGUCAUCUCCCUGAGCUUUUCCAGCCAAACAUCAGACUCAGUGUGGAGCCAUGGCGAGAUUGUAGAAAAUGGGAGGCUGAAAAUUAGGUCAUCUCAGUACAAAAAAUCUCUCCAGAGCGUUCACAGGGGACACUGAGCUGCAGAAGUGCCACUAGAAGUUGCUUCAAGAACCAAAGAAGAUGGGUUCAGCUUUCAAGAGGUUCUGCAUGCAGUUCUGUUGCUGCUGCUGUGCUGAAGAUGAGGACGAUGAAGAGGAAAAGCAACCUCUUGUAACUCCAGACCCGCUGGAUUAUUUUACGCGUGAAGUCCAGAAGCGACGAGAUGAGGAGACCAACCUGUGGAGUGAACCUGGAGACCGCAGCCACUCAGAAAGAGAUGAUGACCGGACGCUUUACACCCUGCUUCAGGCCAGGAAUAUGACCCGCAUUGGAUCUACGGGCUAUCGUCGCCUGAGUGUGGACAUUGAAGCCAUGAGAGAUACACGCAGAGAAGUCAGAGACAAAUGGAAAACUGUCUUGGAAAACUUAGGUUUCAUGGCUGAGGCAGACUCACUGCUGACAGUAUCUGCUGGUGCCUCAGCUGACCGCAUGCGUAAUGCCCCGGCAGCACGCGCCAUGCUACACACGUUGCACACCGAGACCUCCAUCUUCAGCAGCAAGGAGCCGCCACCUGAACGAUAUCUGUUCAUCCUGGAUCGCCUCGUGUACCUCGACAUAGCUGAAGAUUUCUUGGCCAAGGCGAAACGGUUCUACCCUCCGACUGAUGACUCUGACGAGGAGAUGCCGGGCCUGGCCAUAAACCUGCCCCUGCUGCUGGCCAGGGUCGAGGCCAUGAAUGGGCGUGGCAAUGAUGACGAUGAAGAAGAGGAUGAGAGUGAAAAAGAUGAUUAAAAACUGAUCCAAUAAAAUCUGCUGGCUUGCAGUGAUGGCAGACAGAAGCCAGAGGGCAGUAGUCAUCAAUCUUGAAUGCCCUCAGGUGUCUGAAGCCUCAAAUUGAGCGUUUGCUGCUGCACGCUAAAUACUUUUUUCUCCCCAUUUCUGUUUUUCUCUCUUCCAAAUUAAGCGGGGAUUCUUACAGAUUUACAGUGAAAAGUUAAAUAUAAGUUUACUGUGAGAGUGUUUUUCUCCCUACCAAGGAGUCUAUUGUUCAUUUGCUGUGGACCUUCAGGGUAGCAAUGAUUUUUUCCAGCAGAACCCCUUUAUCUUUUGUCCUGUGAUUAUCAGCACUUCCAGUCAAUCACAUGAUUCUGCAAACACUGAAUAAAUAGCCUAGUUAUCUAAUGUCACAAUUCAUUUUUUUUUUUAUUAAUAUUGUUUAACAAUGAUUUCUUUUUAUCUGAUCAGCACUUGUUUGAAGCAUGCAUUUGGAUUCAGAUUAAUUUGGAAAUAGAAACUGAAAGAAGUAGUCAGUACUCUAUGUCGAACUGGUUCUGUGUGUGAGUGAGAUUGCUUUGAUGGGAUGUAUGCGGGGUGCUGUUUUCCUUCCAGCAAGCUAUGGAAAAUGUGAAAAAAAAAUCUAAGUAGAUGUGCAAGUCUGUGUGUUUGGUUAUGAUAAAAUAAAAGUCUCUGCCUAAA